AUGAAGAGAAAGAGAGAGAAAGAGGACGAGAAGGCGAGGGAGCGGGCAGAGAAGAGAGAGAAGACGGCACGGAGAGAGACGACGGUACAGAUAGUCACAGGCUCCUAUGAGAGAGUCCUCCAUGGCAUCAACGCCACGAUAUCCCUCGAUGAAGAAAAUACAAAAGGACGGUCAAAAGAUGCCGGAGAAGGCGAAGAGAGAGUCAGGUUCACGGAUACGUUUCUGUUCCAGGCCCACACAUCGGCAGUUCGCUGUCUGGCGCUCUCACCAAUGCCCAGCGCGGACAACAAGCAGCAGCAGAACGUCCUGCUAGCAACCGGUGGAACAGACGACCGUAUCAACCUGUACAGCCUGUCGGUUUCGCCAAUGGCUGCCGACGCGGGCCUUGUGCCCGUUCCCUCGCUGGCAGGCAAUAAAGUGCUGGAGAACCCCCGGAAUCGCGAACUGGGAGCUCUCAUGCACCACUCCGCCAGCAUUACAGCCAUGCACUUCCCUACCCGGUCGAAGCUUUUGUCUGCGUCAGAGGACAAUACGAUUGCUGUGACACGGACGAGAGACUGGACUGUUGUCUCAUCCAUCAAGGCACCACAUCCCAAGACUCAAGGCAGGCCGAGUGGGGACACUGCUCCUGUCGGUGGUGCGCCGGCCGGUAUCAACGACUUUGCCGUGCAUCCUAGCAUGAAGCUGAUGCUUACUGUGGGCAAGGGGGAGAAGAAUAUGAGGCUAUGGAACCUGGUCACAGGCCGGAAGGCUGGUGUACUGAAUUUUGGGCGGGAGGUGCUCACGGCGGCGAAGGAAGGGAAAUGGGGGACCGGCGAGGGGAGGAAGAUCCGCUGGGAUUCGGCCGGAGAAGAGUUUGCCGUUGCUUUUGAACGGGGCAUCGUUAUUUUUGGAGUGGACUCGGUUCCAAAAUGUAGAGUGGCCACCUCGCCAUUCACAAAGGUACACCAUAUCAGCUAUCUUGACAUUGAAACUGAUGACGAGAAGAAGCAGCUAUUGGUAGCCUCUACGGAAGACGGCCGACUCGUCUUUUACUCUACGGCGUCGGACUCGUUAGAGGAGCCCGCUGAGGGAGGUGACACCACCAUCCCAACAGCACCGUUCCUCUUCCAGCUCGGUGGCAAGGCUUAUGGCCAGUCCAGCAGGAUAAAAGAAUUCGAGAUCCUUCCGCUACAGGAGGACUCGAAGACCAUACAGUUCAUCGUCAUCACCUCUGGUAGUGAUGGUGCAUUAAGAAUAUGGACCGUCAAGCCAGAAGAGCUCCAGCCAGCCAAGCAGACCAAGCAGGCUAAGCGAGGAAAGCCCUCCAAGCCAGCUCAGGCUGCCCAGGUAGGUAGACUACUGGGGGCCUACGAGACGGGCAACAGAGUAACCUGUAUGAAAGCGUUUAUCAUGCGCGACCCCCUAGGAGAUGACGAGCUCAGCGAGGGUGACUCUGACGAAGAAGAAGAAGAAGAUGAUGAUGAUGACGAAAAUGAGAAAGAUGAAGACUCUGACAGCUCAUGA